UGUCGCCCAGCGGCUGCGAUUAACAAAUUAAUGUGACUUGUACUUCCUUAAAUACUGAUUAUGUUCGUGAAGACUUUGUAACUUGUCAUCACUUUCAAAUAGUUGUGAUAAUUUAGAUUGAUUUAACACAGAUUUAUUGGACAUUUAAGAGUUUAACUAAACAAUAACACUAGUUCAAUAAUAAGACGAAAAAAUGGCCUCUGGAAGUUCAUCUUUUUACAAGGGAUCUGACCUGAUUCACGACUACAGUUGCUUCACAUGUGAGGAAAAUGACCUGAACACUGAAGCCCAGCACUUCUGCCCAAAGUGUGAACACUAUCUGUGUGACAAGUGUGUGAAGAUACAUGGAGAUUAUUUCAAGAAGCAUGUUGUGUAUGGGCGUAGAGAUAUGCAGAAGUGGGCGGGGUUCUCCAUGGAUAGAUGUGCUCAGCAUGGCAAAGAGCUGGAGGUCCACUGUGAUGACAACCAGGAACUUUGCUGCAGUGUUUGUGUGGCCUUUAACCAUAGACUAUGUAGCAGUAUCAGUCACCUACGUGACCUGGCCAGAGGCUUCCUAAAUACAGCGGAGUUUAAGCAGCUGCCAGCCGCAGUGGACAAGAUGAGGAGCAGGCUGGAUGAGCUCAAAAAUGAGAGGAUGAAAGACCAAACGUCACUGAAUGACUCCCACAAGAACAUCAUUUCUGAAAUCAAGGAUCUCCGCAAAGAAAUAAACCAGAUCUUAGACAAGCUGGAGAAGAGGACAGUUGAACAGUUGGAUAGCAUGAUGGAAGAUUUAGAAAAGUCAAUAAAAGAUGACUUAGAAGCCUGUGCCCAUAUGCAUGACAAACUCGGUAUAAUGAUUGCGAAACUCAAGAAGAGUGCUAGCAAAAACAAGGAGAGCAGUUCUUACAUAGGAUUCAGAAAAUGCGAGUCUAAAUUGAGUGAAGCUAAUUGUCUAGUACAAGAAAUAAAGGAAAAAGAACGAAUGAAGUUCAAAUCUGAUGAAAAUGUAUUACCAUUUCUGAGAAACCUGAACAGCCUUGGAAAUGUUGAUAAUGUUUAUGUGUAUAAGGCUCAGAGUUCAAGUCUGUAUAAAGUUCACAUGUAUAAGUGCAAUAUUGAAGGUAUAUGUGAGUUACCAAGUGGAGAGGUGGUUAUUGCUGAACGUAACAACGACAGAUUAAUGCUUCUGAACAGGCAGUUCGAGGUCAUUGGUCACUGUCAUCUCCCUCUUCCUCCUCGACACAUGUGUCACACCAAAGGCAGUGAAGUAGCAGUAGCUGUAACUGGCAUUGAUGCAUCUACCAUCUCCACUAUGCAUGCGAUCCACUUCCACGCAUUGACGAAAGGGAAGCUGCAGUCAGUGAGAAAGUUCACCAUAGACUUUCAGUGCAUAUCCAUUGCCCACCACCUGGAAAAGCUGUAUUUGUGCUCCUUCAAUGCCCUUUACCUGUACACUAUGAAUGGAAACAUCAUACAGAAACUAUAUGAAGACAAUUCUUCUUACCGCACAAUGCAUAAUUGUGCUGUCUCUCCUGAUGGGGAGAGAAUUUAUGUGACAAAUCAAAUCCACUCUAAAUUUAUAACUCUUGAUACAUCUGGUCAGGUGUUAUCUACAGUAGAAGAUCCUGACCUAAAAUAUCCAAGUGGACUUUGUGUCAGCCCCAGUGGCCAUGUGUUUGUGUGCGGGGAGACGUCUAACACUGUGGUACAGGUGGUUCCAGAGGGGAGAAAGAAGCUGGUCAUAGUGGCCAGGGAAGUUGAUGGCUUGUGUAGCCCUCAUUCAGUGUGGUUCAGUGAACAAACCUCCACCCUCAUUAUUGGGAAUCUGUCAAAUAACAGCAUCACAGUUGUCAAAUUGUGUUGAAAUACCAAUCAGAUUUUGGUAUGGAAAGAAAAACCCUUGAAAGAAGAUGUCCUUAUUUUUUAAAUGUGCAAGGAUGGCAUGCUUUCUACUGUUUGUUAUAAAUAUGUUUUCAUUAACAGUUUGCAUUAUUUCUUUUUCAAAUGUUUUGUAGGAAUGGAAAUCAUUAUUUUAUGUCAUUAAUUAUGCAUGGCAUAUAUGUUUUAUCGAAUGGCUGUUUUGUGAACUAUUUCUUUUGUAUACAUGAAAUCAUAUGAAAGAUGCAAUCUUAAUCCCAAGUAGGAUUUACCACAAUUACUACAAUCAUUUUGAUGUACCAAAAAGAUAAAUAAAUGUCGAAAACAAUGGUUCUUAUGAAGGAUACCGAGUUUAUUUUGAUAGAAUGGUGCAAAAAAACACGGCAUUUCUACCUUAUGAGACAAAAGUACAUCAUAGUAAAUCUUUUAGCACUCACCAAUCACUUAAUAGUUUUGCGUUUUCAGCUAUUAAAUACCCAUUACAAUCUUGUUCUAAGUAAUUCAUAUUUUCCUUAAAUGUAUUAUUUACUAAGUAGUUAAAGGUUUUUCACUCAAAAUUUAUGUUUGUAUUAUAUGUGUAUGUAUUGAUUUUGAAUAAGAGAGUGUCACUUUAAACAUUAUUUGAUUUAAAUUAAGAUGUAACAUGUUGUCGAUUUUCAAAUAUUAAAAGUGCAUAAUCACAAUUUUUUAUCAAAGUCCGAAUGACUUAUUGAUAACGGAUUUCACUGUAAAGAUAGCAUUUUUUAAUAGAUGAUAUAUUUAAUUGUAUAGGUGAUGGAUUUCAUUGUAUAGAUAAAGAAGUUCAUUGACAUUAUAAAUUAAUUUCAUUUUGUAGAAUUUCCACUGUAUUUAAAGAUGAUAAGGAGUUUUAUCAGUUUAUACUAUGUUUGUGUGAUAUAUAUAUUAAUAACUAAUUACUGAGUAAAUUUAGUUGUAUCUUUUAUUCCUAGUUGUAACUUUUAACUCGAGUGAAGUUAGGUUUGAAAUUAUAACUUGUGCUCAUUCAAAACAAGUAACCAAGAGAAACCUGUAAGAAAGCAAUUAGUACUUAAUUUAGUAGAAGCUAGUGGUUAUCCUGAAAAAUCCACAGGAAACUGAAUGUACAAUUUAAAUUGUGCUUGAUAUCAGAAAAUUUUAAAUAACCAAUUUCAAUAUUUAUGAUGUAUUGUAUGGAACUUAAUGAACAAUUUCAACAUUGAUGAUGUACUGUGAAGAAAUUAAUGGAUACUUUCAGUGUUAAUAAAGCAAUGUUAAGACCUUCAUGAAUAAUUUCAGUGUUAAUAAAGUAAUGUUAAGACCUUAAUGAACAAUUUCAAUGUUAAUAUGUAAUGUUAAGAACUUCAUGAACAAUUUUAGUAUUAAUGAUGUAAUGUUAAGAACUUAAUGAACACUUGCAAUGCAAAUGAUGUAAUGUAAGAAUUUAAUGAACACUUUCAGUGUUAAUGAUGUAAUGUUAAGAACUUAAUGAACGAUUUCAGUAUUAAUGCUUUUAUAUUCAUAUCAUACAAUCCAAUCAAUGUGUUUGGUUGAAGUCACUGUAAACAGACCAACUAAGUUCUGCCAGUCGGUUAACUCCUGUAUGAUUUUAUGCAAAUCAUAGCCGUUGUUCUACUUAGAAAUUAUGGAUAAAGUUUUUGCGUGCAAGUACCAUUACUUUCAUAUCUCACCAAAAUAUUUGUCCUGUUAAGUUAUUUAUAACCCUUGUUCGAAGUUUUGCAUGUAAUUUCCACGAAGACCAUUUAUCCCAAAAGUUAAAUAUAUCAUAGACCAAGCGGCGUUUGCAGGACAACUUUUGUUUUCUUGUUGCAGAGUGUUUUUUUAAAGACAUCCGGGAUUCACAUUGCUGAUUUCACAAGUGUGUGUUUACUUUAUAGGAUGUUUAAAACCUUGUCGUUUUAAGUGUUGUGCGUUUAGUGGCUAAUAUAUCUUAUUAUCCUGUAUCACUAGUUCUUUUUACUUUUUUCAAAACGCAUCCAAGAUGUCCCAAGCCUUUUACAAAGCUUUUGGCCGGUAUAAAUAAAACAUUUUAUGUCAUUUCUUAACUUGAACCGAUAUUAAAACGUUCAAAGUCAAAUUAAAAGAAGAUGAAUGUGUAUUCAAUAACAUUUGUGAAAAUAAAGUAUUUCAGAUAUGAUUAUUAUAUCAAACGACAAGUAAUAUAUUUAAAAAGGAAAUGACCUAAGUUACUAAUGUAUUAUUCCGGUCCUAAACAAAGAUUUUGGGAGGGGGGAUAUUGUUUUGGCAUUGUUCUUCCAUCUUUUCUUCUUCUGUCCUUGUGUCCAUUUGUUAUUGUGUUUAUCAUAUUUUAGUAGUAGUAAGUCAUACAAUGUUCAAACUUGGUCAAAACGUUCCCCUUGAUGAAACCUCGACCGCUUGUAAUGUUAACAUUUAGAACACAUUUGAGGCAUGAUAUGUUGUCCACUUCUCUUCAAACUUAACACAUAUAAGGUCACUUAGGUAAAUCUUACUUUUAUAUUUGUACCAGUAUCAUGGUAAUAAUUUGUCAGCUUAUAAUCAAACCUAGAAAAAAUGAUACUUUUGAUGAAAUCUCACCACGUUUUUAAAGUGGUUAACAUGUUGAAAUCUAAGAGGCAAUGCAACAGGUCCAGUAGUUAUGCAACUUAAUCAGAAUAUUUUCUUGAUAAAAUCAUUGAAUAGUUUAAAACUGCGUCAUAUGAGGUCAACAUCUAUGUCACAAGGUCAAAUCUUUGAAAAAUCCUGUACGGAACCAAAUAGUGGCAUAGUUUGGUCAGAAAAUGUUAAAACCGUGGUCAGUAUGUUCCCCUUGGUAUAAUCAAGGUAGACAUUCAAAGCGGAUCACAUGAGGUCAAAAACUAGGUCAUUAGGUCCAAUCUAAGAGAAAUAUUGGAAACAAACACGGGCAAUAUAUCUGCUUCAACCUUUAUGAAACUUAUGCAGAAUAUAUAUCUCCAUAAAAUCUUGUUUAGGUUUGACUUGGGGCUGAAACCAAAGCUUGAAUUCUAUUUGAUCUACUUUGCCUAUUUUGGCGGUAAAUAUCUAUUCAAAGAAUUUGCGUGUUUUAGUUUGAUUGUGAGCACAUACGUUUCAUCCCUGAGUCUGUUUUCCGUGUCUAUAAGGGUAUAUUCCCGCUUUAUAGGGUUCUGUUUUCUAUUUAUAUAAGGGUAUUUUCACGGUGUUUAUGGUUAUAUUUCCUCUAAAUAUAUGGGUAUUUUCCCGGGUAUAUAAUUAUGGUUCUAUUUCCUGUGUAUAGGGGCACCACUGGCCCUCAGCCAUUAUUUAAUGCUGGUUUGGUUUUGAAAAACAAAACUUUUAAAUUUUUCUCCAUUAUUUUAUAAUAUAAAGCUAAGAGUUUAUACUUAUUUGUUUGUAAAAGUAAGAUGAAAUCUUAGUAAAAUCUUAAUAAUAACGAAUGAGCGGAUUGAGCGUAGCCGACGAGCCCUUCUUUAUUAUUAAAUGUUACUUCAGGUCAUCUUUCUGACUUAAAAUACAACUUCAUUGGCUUCAUUGUCAUCGCAAAUUCUGAUACAGGGAAUGUGUAUCGGAUGAGUGGCAGAAGGCGGACCUUCAAACACCCGCAAAAGCUGAGAUACUUUAUGAAUAAGCCUUGUACUUAAUGAUUGUUUAUCUGCUAUUUGAAAAUGUAGGUUGUAUUCUUAGAACUAACUAUUAUUUCAAAGGGUUUGAAUAGUAUUUACUUUAAAAUUGAGUUAUUUGCUUGAGCUUUAUCCAUCAAACUUCUUUUAUUAGGCAAGUGUUUCUUAAAAUGUUUCUGUUAAAAUAACUAUAAGUUAUAUGCUUAAGAACAUCUAUACAAUUAAUGUAAGUAUUA